AUAAGCAGCAGAGAGUGUGCAGCUCUCACAAAGAAGAAUUCAGGUGCUCAGGAAAGAAUACACUCCAAAUUUCUACAUAUCUACCAAGAGAAAGCAGACUUUCACCAGCACACAGUAGCAUGUAUUGAUUCGCCCCGGUCAUCCUGUCUCUGCGCUGGAGCCACUGGUCCUAGAGCUGGCGUCCACUCCUGCCAGAGGUAAUGAGAACUCCUGGGAAGCCGUGGAGAGCCGGACAGCCCGACAGAGCGAGACAGACGAGGAAGCGGGCCGAGUUUCACAGGGAUGAGAGGGGCCACAUGCUGAGGAGAACCAAGAGAGGGAGAACAGCGGAGCGGCCAAGAAGAGGAGGUUUUGAUGUGGAGAAUGGAUUGUCGGUGGGCCGCAGCCCCCUCGACCCCCAGGCCAGCCCUGGAUCUGGUCUGGUCAUACAGGCCAACUUUCCCCACAGCCAGCGGCGGGAAUCCUUCCUGUACCGCUCUGACUCUGACUUUGACCUUUCACCCAAAGGUCCUUCCAGAAACUCCUCCACUGCCAGUGACCUGGAAGAAAGCUUGAAGCAUUGGGAGGUCAACUGGUUGUCAUCUCGCCACACAGAAGACAUGAUUGUUACACCAUUCGCGCAGGUCCUCGCCAGCCUGAGGACAGUCCGAAGUAACUUUGCCGUCAUAACCGGCCAGCAAGAUCGCACAGCCAGCAAGACGCGAUCCUCAGGCAGCAAUCCGCCAUCCAUGUGCAAGACCAGCCUUGCAGAGGAGCCUCACCAGCAGCUGGCCAUAGAGACUCUAGAUGAGCUGGACUGGUGUUUGGAACAACUAGAGACGCUGAAAACUCGACACUCUGUCAGCGAGAUGGCUUCAAACAAGUUCAAGAGGAUGCUGAACCGAGAGCUCACCCAGCUGUCAGAAACCAGCCGUUCAGGGAACCAGGUGUCUGAGUUCAUCUCUAGUACCUUCCUAGAGAAGCAACAUGACAUGGACAUCAUGUCUCCCCCCACCAAGGAGAAGGACAAGAAGAAGCGGCCCAUGUCCCAGAUCAGUGGUGUGAAGAAGGCCACCCACAGCCCCAGCCUCGCCCCCUCCACCAUCCCUCGCUUUGGGGUCAACGCCAGCCAGGAAGGACUCCUAGCCAAGGAGCUGGACGACAUAAACAGAUGGGGCAUCGACAUCUUUAAGGUCUCUGAGUAUUCUGGCAAUCGGCCACUGACGGUCACCAUGUACACCAUCUUCCAGGAACGCGAGCUGCUCAAGUCCUUUAAGAUUCCUGCAGACACUUUCAUUACCUUCAUGAUGACUCUGGAGGAUCAUUACCAUGCUGAUGUGGCUUACCACAACAACAUCCAUGCUGCCGACGUGGUCCAGUCCACACACGUCUUGUUGUCCACACCUGCACUGGAGGCUGUGUUUACUGAUCUGGAGAUCCUUGCCGCUCUGUUUGCAAGCGGCAUCCACGAUGUGGAUCACCCUGGAGUUUCCAAUCAGUUUCUCAUCAACACCAACUCAGAGCUGGCGCUGAUGUACAAUGACUCUUCGGUGCUGGAGAAUCACCACCUGGCCGUAGGCUUUAAGCUUCUGCAGGAAGACAACUGUGACAUCUUUCAGAACCUCAGCAAAAAACAGAGGCAGUCCUUACGCAAAAUGGUGAUCGACAUGGUGCUGGCCACAGAUAUGUCUAAACAUAUGAACCUAUUAGCAGACCUGAAAACCAUGGUGGAGACUAAGAAAGUCACCAGUCUAGGAGUCCUGCUCUUGGACAACUAUUCAGACCGCAUACAAGUUCUUCAGAACAUGGUGCACUGUGCAGACCUGAGUAACCCCACCAAGCCUCUUGAGUUGUACCGACAGUGGACGGACCGCAUCAUGGUGGAGUUUUUCACCCAGGGGGACAGAGAGCGGGACAAGGGCAUGGAGAUCAGCCCCAUGUGUGACAAACACAACGCCUCCAUAGAGAAGAACCAGGUGGGUUUCAUUGACUACAUUGUUCAUCCUCUAUGGGAGACGUGGGCUGACCUGGUCCACCCAGAUGCUCAGGAGAUCUUGGACACACUAGAGGAUAACAGAGAGUGGUACCAGAGCAUGAUCCCCCACAGCCCUUCACCCAACCCAGAGGGUCUGGAGGAGGGAGCCCUUGCAGGGGAAGCUUCAGCACUUGGUGGGGGCAGUGGCUCCACCUCCACCGAUAAGUUCCAGUUUGAGUUGACCUUAGAGGAAGAAGGAGAGUCUGAUACUGAGAGUCCACCUGAGGAAGAGGGCUACAGUGGCAGGAGGGCGUCUGAACUCUCCAGAACUGAUUCUGGUAGCGGAUUUGAUGCAGUGUCAGCUAAGAUUCAGCGGCUCCCCAAAAUGCUCACUACUGAUUCAGGCAGGACGUUUUCUUUAGACUCUGAUAAAGAUAUGGCAGAAGAAAGAGAAACAGACCAAGAAGGCGUCGCUGGGGUACCACGCUUCAGACUUGGCACAUAGCGCCAGUCAAAAGUUGUUUUUCUUUUGGCCUUUUUUGUUUUUUCUUGAUUUUGGUGCCUCAUCCUCUGUCACUCCCCUUCUCCCACUCCAACCAAACACCAACACCUCUGGUUUCCGUGGAAAGGGUGACAGCAAGCCUCAGGGUGCGGAGUGUGGGAGUGCAGGUGGGUUUGGGGGGUUUUAAGAAAGUCUGCAGUUUUACACAGCAGUCACUUGCACUGGAGAGAGACAGAUAGACUGAGAGAGGACAGGAAACCAAGUUUCUGACUGGUCCUUUGUGUUCUGUGUCUUUCAGUCAGACUUACUGUGGAUGAAGUUCUACAGAGACAAUGAGAAGUUUAUAUUUAAAAAAACUUCCCUUUCUACCAGCCAACCCAAGGUCUACAAAAACUAAUGACAGAACUGUCUUCCUCUUUUGGAGUAUUUUUGAAGAAAGUGAGGAAGUGAUGAAUGUCCGUGAAAACACGACAAAGUCUUGUAAGACAUCUUGCCAAACUUGCAAUUUACAGGGACAAUGCUGUUUUGCCUGCCUUUUAAGUUUUUAGUUUUUUUGUUUGUUUAUUUCGUUGUCCUUUAUUUAGGUUCAUACAUCAUGGAAUACAGUAAAUGAAGAUUCAGUAAAAAGUAGAAGCAAUGCCGUGCAAGCAAAGUAAUGUCGGAAAGGAGCUGUUCAUGAUUUUAUGCAGAACACUUUAAAUGUAGCAAACAUUUUGAGUGACUCUAUCAUUAUUGUUGAAUGCGUAGCACUCCUUUCAGCUCGUGCUGCACAGCUCGUUUAACUGUGUUCAGCAGGCAGUUGUUUUGGAACAGGAAUAUGAUUAAAAUGAAUGGGCUGGCAGUACAUAUUACUUUUGAGAUUUUCACUUGUUUCAGGCUAACUAAUUCCAUUUUUUAUAAUCCUAAACUACGGUAUUGUCAGCAACAAAACUGAGCCAGGGUCAGUGUAGUUUUGUACCAUCAUAGGAUUACAUCUAAAGCAAUGUGGGCUGUGCACAUGGUGCCUCCCAGUGUCGACAAGUGGAACUGAACUGGCAUUGGAAGCAAAUGAUUUGCAUGGUUUUGCAUAGGCCUAUGUGGAAAAUACAUUCAAAACGUAUUUAACUGUAGGACUACCCAAAAUAUCAGUUACAUUUCAGUUUUGUUGCUCUUUUUGUAAUUUUUGUUUAGAUUUUUUUUUAAAUUUCAAGUCAGUAACGUUUGUUUGCAUUCUUAAUAUUUGGCACCCAUUUUAUCAGUUUGCCUUUAAGUUUAGCACUUUACAGGUUUGUCCUCUGCUAGCCCUCAUUGUAGUUUUUUAAGGGCUUGAGCCAAAACAUGAACACAUUGGAGGCUGUUGACUGAGAAACAGUUUGUCGUUGACUGUAAAGCAACCAGCACAAACAUCUCGCAAAAAACACUGUCCAUGCAAAUCCAUUAUUGUUACUACACAACAUGUCAAACACAGCAUCCAUCUAGUGAAAUACUGAUUUUCAUUUCACUUGCAUAAAUUAGCAGACUGAUAAGGGCAGUGUAUUAGAAAUGCUGCAAAGAUGGAUGUUCACAUCACUGUAACUGUACAAAUCCAGGAGGUUACCAAGAGAUAGUUUCCUGUGCCAGAAUUUUUUUUCAUCUUUUUCCUCUCAUUGAUCAAUAUUUCGCUCUUCACAGGGACAUAGUCAAUGACAAAACAAGUGCCAAGCAAGCAUGACACAACCCGUACUGUAAUUUCCAUUUUGCCACUGGCUACUUUCCAUCAGUGACUGAUAAAGUUGGUUGAUUGUAGCACGCCGUGUGCCAAUCUAACCCUAGUGUCUCUGUUCCUUUUUUUUUUCUAACUCCUGUUCAAACAGUAACUGAAACUGAUAUUGUCUUAAAACAGUGAUGUGUUUUUUGUGUGUCUGAAUGACUGGGUUGACUCUUUUUGAUGUAUUUGCUAAGAAAAAAAACCAAAGCACUUUGUAUGGUACUUUUACAGUUCUGCACUUCCAGUACAGUUGAACAUGUAUAAUGUGACUGUUUCACUGUUUUUCUGUUGGCAAAUGGCCUGGUAAUUGAGUUGAAUUGCACGGGCUGGACCACUACAGCUCUUAAAGGUUGGAUGUUGGAGGGACUGAAGUUGUUUUUUGUUCUUUUUAUAAUUGACUGUACAAAAAAAGGUGUUGAAAUGCAUGACAUUGGUUGCAGGAUUCAAAGAAUAUAAAGAGUAUAUAGAGUACUUACAAAACUUAGCCUGUGGAGAAACUUAUUUUAUUUUACUACCGUCAAACAGAGUAAAUCAUGUUUUAAUGUGUGAAUGAGCUGAAAGUUUUUUUGCCGCCUUAUUUUCAAACUUGGGAUUUUUUUUUUCCUGGUCAUAGAUGUGUUCACUGACAUGCUGGAGUAAAAUGUGCAAUCCUUUCUGUAGCCAUAAACAGCAACAAACAGACCAUCACUCAAGGAUGCCUUCAACACUAAGGACUAUUUAACAACUGCUUAACCAGCACAACAUGCAAAGAUUCAGUCUGUCUCUCUGCGUGUCACUAAUUGUUUGAUUUUGUACAUUUUCCUCACAGAGCUUCAUGUACAGUUUAUUUAUUAUUUCUAUAUUAUCUGUCAGAAACAAUGGAGCUGUAGACUUUUUUUUAGUCUGAGGUUUAGUGCUUAUGUGUAGCUUGAUGUGUGAGAAAGUCAAACAGGACAGAUUUUCAACUAUUACUCAGCUUUUUUCCUUUUCAUUUCAUUUCUUUAUGUCUGCAAUUAACAUUAUACAUAGGCAAAAAUACUCUUUCAUGUUUUUCUUGGUAUAAAAAUAGUUGAGUGACAGAUUUCCGUCUGGGUUUUCUGAAACAUCUCUCCUUUCCUUGUCUUCCUCUGUGUCCACUGAUCUGGUCAGAUCUUACAGUAAGUGUGCUGAUCUGAGACUUCUUUGAUUCAUAGUGAAGAUAAUUUAGUCGUACGGCCUCAACAGUCAUCCUAGAUCAGUAUUUCUUUUCUUAGAAAUUUUAUGAACAUGUUUCAUGAACUGAGACUCUGCAGCUUUGACAAUCCAAACUCUGCUGUUUAACUGCGGGUGUGUUAGCCCUCCUCCAACUAGAACUGUAUGCCUUGCCAAUAAAGGAAAAA